CUCUACAAUAACGAACAUGUAGCAGUUAAAAUGGAACCAAUGAGGUCGAAGGCGCCGCAGCUACACUUAGAAUAUAGGUUUUACAAAUUAUUAGGUACACAUGAGGGUAUACCGGAGGUAUACUAUUUCGGGCCGUGCGGGAAAUACAACGCCCUUGUGAUGGAACUUCUCGGCCCGAGUCUCGAGGAUCUGUUCGAUCUCUGCGGCAGGAGGUUUACCCUGAAGACCGUUCUCAACAUCGCCACACAACUCCUCCAUAGGAUAGAGUACGUUCAUAGUCGACAUCUGAUCUACCGCGACAUCAAGCCAGAGAACUUCCUGAUAGGACGGGGCAAGACCAAACGGGAGAAGAUUAUUCACAUAAUCGAUUUUGGAUUGGCCAAAGAGUACAUAGACCUGGAGACGAACAAACACAUACCGUAUCGGGAACACAAAAGCCUGACGGGCACGGCGCGUUACAUGAGCAUCAACACGCACCUUGGAAAAGAACAGAGCAGAAGAGACGAUCUGGAAGCGUUAGGGCACAUGUUCAUGUACUUCCUUCGCGGUAGCCUGCCCUGGCAAGGUCUGAAAGCGGACACGCUGAAGGAACGAUACCAGAAGAUCGGCGACACGAAGCGGAACACACCGAUCGAGGUCCUCUGCGACGGUCAUCCUGAGGAAAUGGCCACGUACUUCCGAUAUGUGCGUAGGCUGGAUUUCUUCGAGACACCUGACUACGAGUACCUGAGGAACCUCUUCCACGACCUUUACGAGAAGCGGGGUUUCGUCGACGACGGCGAGUUCGACUGGACUGGCAAGACGAUGUCUACCCCUGUGGGAUCGUUGCAGACCGGACAAGAGAUUAUCGUGUCGCCGAAUCGCGAUCGACAUCCUUACAAGGAAUACGAUGAUUUCGAGGAAGAUGUCCUCAUGUUGGAUGAGGUUCACAUCGAAAUGCAAGGCAACUAUGAUGUGACAGGUCCAGGGGUGGGAGCCGGGGGCGGUAAAGGGGUGGGAACCACGUGGCCAGAUACUGUGAAGCAAUCAGGAGCUGGUGGUACAUUGACACCCGCUGAUAGGCACGGUUCUGUGCAGGUGGUGUCUUCGACGAACGGAGAACUAGCCAAUGAUGAUCCAACUGCGGGACACUCGAAUACUCCAAUUACAGCGCCUCAAGAAGUGGACAUGGUCGACGAAACCAAAAAGAAAUGUUUGCCGACAAUUAAGCAUUGUCGUGGAUGCGGGAAGAUCCUUGGCCGAAGUUCAAAUCCUCCUACGUCCACUGUCGAUCCUAGACUGAUCCCUGAACUUGGUUUAUUAAUCCGACACAAGUGGCCGUUACAGAAUUUUCUUUUGUCCAACAUCAAGGCAAAAUACAAUAUCCGAUAAUUUUCAUUCUUUACUCGA